AUGGCAUUGUCAUCUGUAUCAGUUGAUUUAAAUCGAGAAAAUAAUUCUCCUUCUCUUUCUCCAUUAUCUCCAACUGUUAUUCAUUAUCGUGAAAAAUAUCAAAGAAGAAAAGUUUCUCAACAUAAUUAUCGAGAAGUUGAACGACGUUUUCAUAUUCCAAAACACCAAAUUCGAAAUAAAUCACAUACAACUUCUUCAUUUCAACAACAUUAUCAUAAGCCAAAAACAAACAAAAGUCCUAAACAACAACAACAACAACAACAACAAUCAUCUUGUUUAUGGGAAAAACAUAAAAGUUCAAAUGGAAGAAUUUAUUAUUAUAAUAUUAUAACUGAUCAAUCUCAAUGGGAAAAACCAUCACAAGAACAAUUAUUAUCAUCAAUUAAAAAAAACUCUAUUUAUAAAUAUAAUACUCAUUCAAAACGAUCUUCAAAUAAUAAUGAUUAUUUAUUUAUCAACAAUGAAUAUCAUUUUAAAAAAUCAAAUUAUUCGACAUCAAAUUUUAUUUCAAUAUCUAAUCAUAGGUUUAAUUCAAUUCAUAAUCAAUCAUUUUAUUCACAUAGAAAAUCUUCUAUUUAUCAACGAUCAAUUAAUAAAAACGAUUUAAAUAAAUCUAUGACAAUUAAUAAUUAUAAAAAAUAUAAUGAACAUAAUCAUAAACGAAAAAAAGAUUCUAUUGAAAUUGUUAAAUCAUCAUAUAAAAAAUUCCGAAAAGAUAAUAUAAAAAAUGAUAAUACUCUUUUAAUAACAACACCAACAUCACCACCACAAAAUGAAAUAAUUCAAAUUGAUCAUGUUGAUUCACUUAUUUCAACAUCAAACAAUAGUCUUAAUAACAUUUCUAUUCCAUUUACUAUUAAUUCAUCAAAACAAUCUCAUUAUGAUAUAUUAUCAAAUUAUUUUAUUGAAAAUAUAAUCAAAUUAUUUCAUAGAAAACAAUCAAUAAAAACACAAAUUGAUAAAGAUAUUUCUUCUUUUAUUAUUCAUCGACCUAUUUUUCACUUAGAACAUUCAUCAUCUUUAUUACGUUCAACAAUAACAAAUUCAAAUUCUGAUAAUAUAACACGAUAUUAUCGUGCUGAUUUAAUUCAACAUUUACUUAAUUGGCCAUCAACACAAAUCGAACGUGAAACUAUUCGUUUAUCAAAUGAACAAUAUCGAAUUAUAACAUAUCAAUUAACAUCAUUACGUACCGAUUUAUAUUCUAUUCGACUUAAACUAAAACGAUAUCGUUUUCAAUUACUCAAAUAUCAUUAUAUCUUAAAUGCUCAACAAAAAACUUUUUAA